AUGUCGGCCGCCAAGCAUCGUGGCUCGAAGGGGGGCAGCCCUUCCGCUGCCGCCACCACCGAGCGGGGCGCGCACCCCAGCGGCGCCGAAGAGCCGGCGGCGAAGAAAGCGGCGGCGCCUUCGCACGGGCGGGGGGGCGGCAGGGCGGCGGGGGGCGGCGGAGGCCGUUCCGGCGCGGGGCCCCGGCGGGGCUGGGCGCUGCUGCUGGGCGCCGCGGUGAUGCUGGGCGUGGCGGUGCCCGGCGGCUGGUUGGUGCGGCAGCUGCGGGAGGAGGUCGGGCGCAGCGCCCGCGAACGGGAAGACUCCGGGCGGCAGCGGCAGGAGCUGGCCGCCACGCUGGACGCCGUGGUGCAGAAGGUGCGCUCCCUUCAAGCCACUUUUGGAGAAUUUGAAUCCAUGAUGAAAAUUGCUCAGCAGAAGCAGGAGGUUACAGAGAAGGCUGUUAAACAAGGGGAGAGUGAAAUAAACCGGAUCAGUGAAGUGCUUCAGAAGCUGCAAAAUGAAAUUUUGAAAGACUUGUCUGAUGGCAUCCACAUGGUGAAGGAUGCAAGGGAACGAGACUUCACAUCUCUGGAAAACACAGUGGAAGAGAGACUAACAGAGCUAACCAAGUCUAUAAACGAUAACAUUGCUGUAUUCACUGAAGUCCAGCAAAGAAGCCAAGAUGAAAUCAACAAUAUGAAAGCAAAGGUUGAUUCAUUGGAAGAGGCAGAUGUGUAUAAACAUGACAUUAAGGUGCUAAAAGAUGCUUUUGAUGAGAUGCAGGCAUCCAUAAAAAUCAAAGAAAAGGACAUCGAGACCUUGAAGAGUACAAUGGAAUCCAUGGAGUCUGAUGUGUAUACUGAAGUGAAAGAGCUAGUCAACCUCAAACAAGAACAUGAGAAAUUCAAAGAGGCUGCGGACACUGAACACCUUUCAUUAAAAGCUUUACAAGAGAAAGUUCUAAGAGCUGAGGAUUCUAUUAUGCAGCUCCCUAGUGACGUUAAAAGACUCAGUGAAGAUUUACUACAAGUUAAAGCUGACCUCAACAAAUGGGAAGAAAACGAACUCUUCAGAAAAGCAUUAGAAACUUUUGGGAAGAACAGUGAAGGACUGGAGUCUCGACUGAGGCACAUAGAAGACCGUCUGGAGUCUCUAACUUUUGUUGCUUCUCAAAAUAGUGAAAAGUUGGAAUCUUUCCUUUCUAAGGAGGCAGAAUACAAGAAUAAGCUCAGUACCCUAGAACAAAGCAUUACUGCUUUUCAGGGAAUCUCGGAUAUGGACAUCACUUCAGUCACAGAUAUUCUGAAAAAUCUUCGUGAAUCACAAACCUCGCUGUACAAUGAAGUGGAAAACUUGAAGAGAAGCAUUGAUGAUCUGCCAUCCUCUGGUCCUCUUCAGGAUGUCCAGAACCAAAUUAAUACUUUAUUAGAUCAAGGAAAUCAUCAGACAGGGCAAGCGCAUUCUCAAGGCUAUCUUGAAAAAUUGUCUUCUGUGGAAGGCUCUGUGGAUGAACUGAGAUCUUCUGUCAGCCAGGUUGAUUCUGAUUUGAAAAUGAUAAGAACUGCAGUGGAUAGUUUAGUCUCCUACUCGGUGAAAAUUGAAACUAAUGAGAACAACUUGGAGUCUGUGAAGAGCUCAGUAGAUGACCUGAGGAAUGAUCUGGAAAGGUUGUUUGUGAAAGUAGAAAAGAUACAUGAAAAAGUUUAGGCAGCAGUGCUCCUUGUGCAAAUAAUAAGUUAAGGAGAAUAGCUUUUAUAUGCCCUGUUUUUUACUCUUUUUAAAACCAAUUUGAUACCUCCAAAGAGAAUAAGAAUACUUUAAUAAUAGAGACAGUUCUGCUUAUUUCUUUAUUUCUCUUUUGUGUAGUGUUUUUAUUGUUUGGGUUUUUUUAAAUUUUGUUAUAAGAAAGCAUGAGUUUAGGUGGGCAUUGAGUUUCUGAAGGCUCAUCUUCUCUAUAAAGUUACACCACUACAAGUGUAGUGGUGUAACUAAGGCACUACAGCCUUGUUAGCACAGGCGCGUAUUUAAUGGCAUGAAGGUGUUUCACACUAUGACACUAGAUAUCCCACACAGAAUGUCCACAGCUGUUCUGGUACGAAAAGCGUACUGCCUUACACAGUGAGAAUUUUACUGGUAUGUUUUUACCUUAAGAAAUAAAUUAACAAAACUACAUCUCUGUCUUAAACUGUUUAAACCGGUAAACUCUGAUGUGGAUUCGAAGCAACUUAUUCUUUGCUGCAGUUUGGGAUUCUGUGUGGUCAGUUUAGCAGGUGUUGGUUGAGCUGUAGUAGAUUUUCCAUGAGUCCUUAAUUUGUACUGAGGAGCUAACGAGGGAUUAGCUGAACCCCCUGAAGGGAAGGUUUGAGAUAAGUGGCAUUGCUUGGGGCUAAGACCCAAGAGAGGUGUUCCACCACCUGGCUGGAGAGAUUCAUCAUUUGUGAUCAUGGGCUUCUUUCCCAGCAUCUUCAGCUGCUGGUGUAGUAGACCAGUGCUCAGAAGGGACAUCUGAAGGAUGGGAUUAGUUUCAAGAGGGUACAGUAAUAUUUUUGUCAUAACUUUGGGCUGUUUACAUGAUAAAGCUGUGUCUUUCCUGGAAGGGCCUAAUUUGUCUGUGAUACAGGAUUUUCUGUAAAAAUGAUCACAAAUUUGAAUAAGGAAAGAGAAGGACUAAAACUGCACCUCUUGCGUUCCCCAUUUAUCAAGCAUGCUAACGACAGUCAUACACUCCAAAAUACACAAGGGGGAAAAUCACCAUGAAAUUAGCAGAAUCGAUUCUAAGGUGUAUACAUUUCCAAGUUUUCAUACAGCUGACAGUGACCUGAACUGUUGUUACGUAUUCAGGGCUUGGUGCCUGAUUUUUGUCACCAUUACUGUCACCGGGGGGCCUGCCUGAGACACUGGUAGCAAGGGAUCCUUCUAGGAACUGGUUGGGAGUGAAGGAAAAGUGUCGUACUUCUCUAGAUCUUUAUUUAAAAAAAGAACACUUCUUCAUGGAGCUUUCUUGGUUUUCUGUCUUUUAUGGAAAGGAUUUUUAAUCCUCCUUUUCAAGUUUACUGUUGAACUUAGCCAAAGAUUUGGUAAAGGAAUCUUCUUAUGGAUACCUUGGAAGUAGGUUGUGUGCAUCAUGCCCACCUCAGCCUGCACUAGCCAGAUACCUGGUUAUGUUAGAAGAAUUCCUAGAACUAGCACCUCCCAGAAGUGGUGUGAUGGUAGGAACAGCACAGGUGAAAGGGAGUUUUCCUCUGUAAACCGUGAUAGUGAACCAUAUGUAGUGUUGUUCCCAUUGUAAAUGGGAAAGAAUUCCUGGCAAAGAAGGAGGGACCCACGGCAUUAAGGUAACUUGUCACUGUUGGAACUGCACUGUUCUUUGUGGACUUCUCAAGUUCUUGAACAAUGUUAUUCAGGUUACUGUGAAAUUAACUGUAUGGCUUAUUUGCGGUAUUUUUAAUACAUAAUAAACAUUUGGAAUAUUCUCUGCA